AUUGUUUGUCAUUCCUGUGUGCCAUCUCGCGAGUCAAAGACUCAAUCGCUCACACGCUAUAGCAUCAUGGCUGGAUACUGUAAAAAGGUUGAGAUCAACUGCGAUAUGGGUGAGGGUUUCGGAAAAUGGAAGAUGGGGCCAGAUGAAGAUCUCAUGAAACUGAUGGAUUAUGCCAAUAUCGCCUGUGGAUUCCAUGCUGGAGACCCUACAACGAUGAUCAAGACUAUCCGACUUGCGAAAGAGCACGGGGUGAAGAUCGGUGCUCACCCCGGACUUCAAGAUCUGUUUGGCUUUGGUCGCCGGAAAAUGGAGAUACACCCUGACGAUAUGUACGCCAUGAUCUUAUAUCAAGUUGGGGCACUCAAGGCUAUGCUAGACGCUGAAGGAGUGCCCCUGAACCACAUAAAACCGCACGGUGAGCUUUUCUUUUACAUGCAGAGGGAUUUGGAAAUUAUGGACGCCGUGUUGAGGGCGUGCUCCGUAUUCAAGGUGCCUGUCUUUGGCUCCAAGGGAACCGAGCAUCAAGGGGCGAUGUGCGAAAAGUACGGGCUCGAAUUUGUUGAAGAAGCAUAUACCGAUUUGCAGUACAACAAACAAAGAAAGCUUCUUCCGGCAUCCGAGAGCAAGAUGGCUACCGUUGAAGAUAUCUAUGCUCGUACGAUGUCUAUUGGGUUGGAGGAUGAGGUGCAGGAUAACGAAGCGGGGAAGCUAACAUUGGGAUUCAACGGCCAACCGUUUAUGUUUUGUAUUCACUCCGACAUGCCUACUGCCCUGGAGAACGCGAAGGUAUGUAGAAAGGGCGUAAACGAGAUAAAUAGCAUUAGGGGAUGGAAAUAA